CAAUCCUUCCCCCUGUCCAUCCUCCCUCCCAGUCAACGGUGCCCAUCUGCUGUCCCACCCUCCCAAUGCCGAAUAAGUCUCCUCACAUCCCGCGGGUAAACGAUCCCCUCCCCCCAUUACCGGGCCCAGGUGUUACAAGCGGUCUAGCUCUAGUCGGGGAUGGGAGGGAAUUAAAAAAAAAAGACACCCCCCCUCCAGUAACGAGUAACAACUGUCCCAUCAUCUACGUACAUAUGUAACUAUAGGCCAUGUAGGCGUUCGCUAAGGGCAAGAUGCAGGUCGCACACGCCGCUGCAUUGCUUUCCAGGUCAUGUCGGGCCUACAUAUGUUUCGAAC